GGGUGCGGCUGUGAGCGUCUCUGUGGUGGCAGCGCCUCGGCUCCGCUCGCAGCUCUGUGGAGGUGGGAGAGCUGUGACGGAGCGGGGCCUGGGGCUGCCCUCCUUGGGGAGCGUAGCUCGGUACGGCGCCUGGCCUCCUGAGGUCUUGGAGAGGGAGAGGGGUGUUUGUAAUUGACUGCGGCCUGCCGUUUUCUGUGCGUGCAGAGCGCAGUUAUUGCGGUCCCCUGGGGAUGAGGAGCUGGGGGCACUGAUUGCAGUGUGAGCUGUCAGCAGUGUGUGGGAAGCUGGUGGGCCUCAUCUGCCUCAGUGCAGGCAGGCGCCUGCUUCAUAAAGAAGGUACUAGUAAGAAGUAACGUAUGGUGAAAUGGAGCAAAAGAAAUGUGAAUCUGUGGUCUGUAACAAAACAUGUAUUUUAGUGGUCUUCAUCUUAAAUAACAGAGGUGCUAGCCAGUGUGGCAUUUCCCUCCAAUAACUUCCAGAGCAUGUGAAAUGAUCAGUUAAAACAGCCAAAGGAAUCAGUGCAGUGGGUCAGAAUUUGGACACAAUGCGCCCCUUUGGAAUUACCCACUCACCAAAGGCUCCCUGGUUAGCAGGGGUCAGCUGUCUCCAGCAGGGUUUGCCUGACAGGGAGUGGAAAGGGUUAAAUCCUUUGCCUGCUGUUGAAGCAAAGAAACUAAAUAGUGAGCAAAGGGGAAAGAAUGUUUGCUCCCGCUGAUCAGUCUCGGUUCCUUCAUGUCAUGCGCUCCCUAUAAGAUGUGCAUUUUUUUGGCAUGCCUUUCUUUAGGUAUUCCAUUUUUUUUCCUUGGCGUCCUUUCCGUAGGUUUGCAUCCUCAAAUGUUUGUGGUUUUGUACCUUAAAGCUGUAGAAGUGUUAUUUAUUGAAAAGUUGCAAGAAUUUGCUUUGUUGUGCUGCUUCUUCUGUACCUCCCAAAUAAUCUUGAACAAAUAAAUGGAAAGAACGUAAGGCAAUAACAUUGUCUCUUAUUUAACUGGCCAAGUUAAAGUUUAUUUUCUCUAGUAAUUGUUGUUCUGGCAUAGUAAGAUGUUUAAAGACCAUAUUUAGCUUUUGUUUUCAUAGAGAUAGUGGAAUUCCUGGUGAAACUCAGGUUCUGAAUUCUUUCUGAUGUCAAUGUUAGUUAUACCCCUGGCUACAGAAAACAUUAAUUACUCCUGCUCUUUUAAUUUACUUUCCACAAUAUUCUGAAGAAUCCAAACCUACAAUUUUAGUACUCUGUGUUUUAGUCUCAAGAGAAAUAAGUGCUUCAGCACCUUGCAGAGGUGAUCCAGAGCAAGGAAUUCCCAGCUGGUGGGCAGCCACCUGGGGCUGUUGCUGGUCACAGUUCUGCUUCUGCAGCAUGCCAUUUCUGUUGCCGGCAAAAGCGAGUGAUCAAAAAAAGCUAAAGAGGAGAAAUAAUGGCUUCUCAGCAGCAGGAAAAUCUUAACUUCCUUGCUUAUGAAACUGCAACCAAAGUCCUGUGAUGUUUUAUCUGAUAUGUGCAGAGAAAACACAUGUAAUGUGAACUAGGCAGUGCUCCUUACAGAUUGCAAUAGUGAUUGCUGCUGUCUUUAAAGCAAAAGUGGUGGCUCCCAAACCUGCCAUAGGUUCACAGGAGCCUGGUGUUAGAGUGCUCUGCUAUGAAAAGAUUCCUUUCUUGUUGAAAAGGCAGUCAGCUCUUAGCUAUCAACUAAGCACUGCUUGAAGGGUAGGGAGUUUGUCGUUCCUUGCUUGCAGCUGAAGCUAUGCCACUGACUAGAAGAGAAUUCAGGACUUGGCACAGCAAUAUUUUGGAUCCAGUUAUCUGAGUGCUCACAUAGAAGGGAAAAAGUUGGAGUUCCAUCUAAAACAACUAGCUCUAUUCUUUAACCUUGUGUUGUCUCAGAUAGCCUAUAAACUGCGUUCAGAUCAGAAGUCAGAUCUCUUCCGCCUUCUUGAGAGUCAUAAUCAAUAGCUCAGUGAAUUGUGGUUGCUUCUCUCUUCUCUCCCAGAUAGUUAUCAGAACCUUCAAAGGAAAGGGAAAUAAUGAAAGAAUACCUGCCACAUUGCAUCAGUUGGGGGGUUUGGCAGUCCUUCAGAUACGUGGCAAGAUUAAACUGUAAACUGAUUUUUACUCUUCAGUUAAUGCUACAUUACAGUGACUAUCCUACUGACCUUCAUCUGGCUCAAGCACUAGAGAAUUAAGCUAUAACAACUGCAAAAAGGAUUGGAGCAAGAAAAUGUGAGCUAUUCCUCCCCCUCUUUCCUGCCAGAUUGCAAGAAGACCCUCCUGUGGGUGUCAGUGGUGCACCAUCUGAGAAUAAUAUAAUGCAGUGGAAUGCAGUUAUAUUUGGGCCAGAAGGGACCCCUUUUGAAGAUGGUACUUUUAAACUAGUAAUAGAAUUUUCAGAAGAAUAUCCAAACAAACCUCCAACUGUUAGGUUUUUAUCAAAAAUGUUCCAUCCAAAUGUUUAUGCGGAUGGUAGCAUAUGUUUAGAUAUUCUUCAGAAUCGGUGGAGUCCGACAUACGAUGUCUCAUCUAUUUUAACUUCAAUUCAGUCUCUGCUUGAUGAACCUAAUCCAAACAGUCCAGCAAACAGUCAGGCAGCACAGCUUUAUCAGGAGAACAAACGUGAAUAUGAGAAAAGAGUUUCAGCUAUUGUCGAACAAAGUUGGAAUGAUUCGUAACAGCUGCUUUGUUACUCUCCAUCCUCAUAAUCAUUAUGUACAAUUUAACUCUCAAUAGAAAGGCUACCAAGAAUUUCAAGUGCCACAGCUCUAAGAAUUUGCAUAAAAACUCAUUUGCAAACAGAAUUAAGCCCUCCAGUUUAGGAAACCUUAAAGCUUGUGUAUCUUGAUUAACGUACUUCUUAUUGCAUGGUAUGAACUAAGUUAUUGCUACAUAAAUUUGUAAUAUAUCCUGUUUGUAUUUUUUUUCCAAGUGUAUAAUGUUGGUGUGGAAUUUUCAUGACAGAAUAUACACAUUUUGUAAAUCUGUACUUUUUCAAAUAUUGAAUGCCUUAUUUUUGAAUUCUUUAGAUUUUUAAAUUGGAGAAAAGCACUUAAAAAGUUUUUAUAUAUAAAUAUUUCAUGUAAAACUGUUAAAUACAUAACCUCAGUGCAAGACA